UCCCGACUUUUGUGAUAAAUAUAUUGAUAUAAAACGCAUUCAAAUGGAAGCCUCGAGAAUAUAUGACUUAUGGCUUGAAUUGCAUUCAACUUCUCUUAUUUCAAACAUUGAUUGUGGAAGUGAUGAGAAGAUUAUUAAAAUUGAGGAUGAAUUGCCGCUAAAUAUACCUGAAGUGAAGAAGACGAACCUGGAUUCGUUUAAUGUAAACAUUAAAUCCAUUGAAAACAGUUCGGCUCUUCUGUUGCUAAUUCAGCACAACGUGAGAGUAGUGUUGGAAGAGGCGAAAUUCUUUGAAAAUUUAUUACAAAAGUUUGAUGAUUUGAAUAAGAAUUUGAUGCAAUCAUUGCCUGAUCUCUACCCUAACAUUAAGAAAGAAAUAAAAUUGAAGAUUUCUUGCGAGAAAGACAGCUACGAUCCGAACGGCUGCACCGGACCCGCGCUCUUCAACAUUGAAUUCAUCGAAGCGACUCUAAAUCAACACUCAUUGAAGUCUAUCGAAAGAAACCGAAUUGACUUCGAGAAUACAAUCUCACAACUGAUCGAAACGCCGUCUAAUAAAGUGGUUUUGGCCUCACUUUUCAUAGAGAAAGCCAUUCCAAUAUUGAUAGAAUCGUAUGAUUUCCAUAUUGAAGACAAUCAGAUAGAGAGAUCACUGUUGGGCUCAAUAUUGUCGUGGAUUAAUGACACCAAUUAUAUGUAUCCGCCCUCUAAACGAAUAAUAUUGAUAGAAUCGUAUGAUUUCCAUAUUGAAGACAAUCAGAUAGAGAGAUCACUGUUGGGCUCAAUAUUGUCGUGGAUUAAUGACACCAAUUAUAUGUAUCCGCCCUCUAAACGAAUGUUCACUAAUUUGCUCGACUCCUUAGGAUCGAUCGCAGAAAUACGUUGCGAUGAAACGAAUAAAUUUGUUUUGGAAACGGCUAUAAAUUAUCCCAAAAUAAUUGAAUACAUGGCGCCACGUCUAAAGCCCUCGAAGACCUCUUCUCAGUGUUUCCUCGAUAUGUAUCAACUAAUUGAGCAAAAGAUUACUAAAACUCCGGCUCAGGUGUCGUUCGUACUUCUCAGUAAAGUAUGUUAU